AUGUUUCCAGCUAGUAUUCAUCGUUCACAAAAUCGUAUUAUAAUUGAACAAUACGUAUUUUCUAUAACAAGAACAUUUAGUGAUCGAAUUGUAAAAUCAUGUGGAAAUCUAUCACUACCACCGAUUGAUAAAAUAAUGAUUGAUCGAAUUAAUGGUGUUAUAUCGAAAUAUAAUCCAACAGCUUACCGUACAUUACGUUCAACACCUGAUGAUAUUGAACAUUCUAAUGAAGACUUUGGCAAUUUUUAUGGACAACGUUUAUAUACACAACCAGUUGUUAUGAAUAAUUUACAUAAUAAUGAAAGCUUUUAUUCAAUACGCAGUUUAAGUUAUUCCGAUAUGGAUUCAUCACAGCAACAGCAACAAGGUACUGAAGAAUUUUAUUUAUCAUCAGCAAUGAAUUUAAAUGAUAAUACAAACAAUCAUUUGGAAACAUCUCCACGUUCUUUAUCAACUAAUACACUUGAUUAA